AUGGCCCUCCGCCACAGUCCGUCGAAACGGGGCAAGAGCGGAGUGCGGCGUAGCGUUGGCGAUGAGAUCGAGGCGACGCCGCGGACGACGAAGGAACCGGCGGUGGCGCAAGCUUCAGCCCGACGACGCGACGAAGUCCAACCGGACACCGCGAGACCUGCCGAGCCCUUCGAUAGCACCGUGGUGACGCCUCGUGACGUGGUGCCGUUGAUUCGCGGCAACACGCGACGCUCUUACAACCGGCAGGACACGCAGGAGAAGCUGCUGCAGAACAACCGGCCCAAGGAGAAACGGGCGGAGCGUCUGUGGAUGGCAUCGGCGCGCCCGGAUGCGAACGGCUCGGCGGCGCAGGCGCCGCACGCCUCGCCCGAGGAGGAGAUCGUGAGUGCCGAU